CGAGACUACUACGCAUUACUAAUUAAAAAUCGAAGAUCGUCGUUCUGUCAAACCCUGGUUGGUUUCUAUGCCUGUAUAGUCGGUAAAGAAAAAUGCAUACUGCGUAUAUGAAGCCGUCUAGUUCUCGAGAUCCAAUGUUCAUUUGUCAUCACUUCUCUCUAGCGUAUUCCCUCGCAGUAUACAAAAAGGGUGACAUGUAGCUCAUCCAAGAUGGUCGACUUUUUUCUCCAAAUAACUCUGUAAUCAGGACGCUGUAACCUCGGCACAAAAUUCAACCGUGGAACUCUGAAUUAGUAUACCGAUCUACCUUUUUUAUAUCCCCAAAAUGUCCAACCCCUCCUCCAUCCUCAUCCUCGGUGCCGGCGAGCUCGGGACCUGCGUCCUCGAAGCCCUCGCCGCGCAUCCCCAGCGCGAGCGUGGGCGCACCCAGAUCUCCGUGCUGCUCAGAAACUCCACGAUCGAGACCCGGGACCCUGAGAAGAAGCAGCAGAACGCGCGUCUGCGGUCGCUAGGCGCGUCCCUCGAGCCCGGCGACCUGGCCACCGACUCCGCGGCGCGGCUCGCGGCGAUUUUUGCCCGCUUCGACACCGUGGUGUGCUGCGCCGGCUUCGGCAUGCCGAAGGGUACGCAGGUCAAGAUCACAAGAGCGGUGCUCGAUGCGCGGGUGAAGAGGUACGUGCCCUGGCAAUGGGGCGUCGACUACGACGUCGUGGGGCGCGGCAGCGCGCAGGAUUUGUUCGACGAGCAGUUACAUGUGCGGGCGCUGCUUAGGGAGCAGGAGGGUAUGGAGUGGGUCAUUGUUUCGACGGGGUUGUUUAUGAGUUUUCUGUUCAAGCCUGAGUUCGGGGUCGUGGAUUUAAGGGGGAGGACGGUGAGGGCGCUAGGGAGCUGGGAGGGUAGGGUGUCGGUUACGACGGCGCGGGAUAUUGGUAGGGUUGCCGCGGAGAUUGUGUUGGAUGAGAGGGAGAGGGAGCGCGAGAGGGGGGUUGUGUAUGUUGCUGGGGAUACGGUGUCGUAUAGGCGGAUCGCGGAGCUGGUGAGGGAGAGGUUUGGCGGGGAGUGGGUGGAGGAGAUGUGGGAUGAGGAGUUCUUGAGGGAGAGGCUGAGGGAGAGGCCGGGUGAUGGGAUGCUCAAGUAUACGUAUGUGUGGGCGGUGGGGAGAGGUGUCGCGUGGGAUUUGGAUAUCACGGUCAAUAAGAAGCGCGGGAUCGAGUUACAGGGCUUGGAGAGCUAUUUGAGUGACAUGCCGGAUUUGUAGGGAGUUUGAUGUAGGAGUUGUUGAAUAAUAAGGAGGUCUCUUAUUAAGGAGUUGCUGUAGCGCCUGGAUACAUG